UGUGAGGCGGCCACGCAGUGUGUUUGAUGUCAAACACCCUGCAGAGGCGGAGAUGGUUUAGUCUGUAGUAGGUGGGACUGCCGAGCGGUCUGCUGCAGGACGUCGUAGAUCAAUGAACCGGACCGGAGGGUUGGUCCAUCGCCUGGUGUGCAUCUGACUGUAUAGAUGUGUCAGUAUACCUAUGCAGGACCGAGGCUUUUUCACCAUUAAUGAGCCCGUUCAGUAUGCGGAUGUUCUAAACCGACUGGCUGUUUUAUAGGCUCCGUACACCUCUUGGAUUCCGUCUCUAGUGGCUCCUCGUAGCGAUUUUUUUGGGAAAUAAAUUAAUCUAUAACCUCCAGGAUGAUCUUUGCAAACACGGGCCACCCGCUGAAAACACCCAAUCGGAAGCAGUCCUACCCCAUGACUCCGUCCAGUCCCAGCAGCAGCAGCAACAGCAGCAGCACAGGCCUGGAGCAGCUCAGCAAAACUAACCUUUAUAUCCGCGGCCUGCCUCCUGCUACUACAGACCUGGAUCUGGUCAAACUCUGUCACCAGUAUGGCAAGAUUCAGUCAGCAAAGGCAAUCCUGGACAAGACAACCAACAAAUGUAAAGGUUAUGGGUUUGUGGACUUUGACAGCCCGGCAGCUGCUUUAAAGGCUGUACAUGCUCUGAAAACCAGCGGCAUACAGGCCCAGAUGGCCAAGCAACAGGAGCAGGACCCAACAAAUCUGUACAUUUCCAACUUGCCUCUCUCUGUGGAUGAGAAAGAGUUGGAGAACAUGCUGUUGCCCUUUGGCCAGGUCGUCUCCACACGGAUCCUCCGAGACUAUAGUGGCAACAGCCGAGGCGUGGGCUUCGCCAGGAUGGACACAACAGAACAGUGUAAUGCAGUCAUCUCCCACUUUAAUGGAAAGUUUAUCAAGAUAGCUUCUGGAGCUCUAGCUCCCCCUCAGCCCUUGCUGUGUAAGUUUGCAGACAGUCAAAGGAAGAAACAUGCUCACAGCGGAUUUGUUUCCAAUGGACAGACAGGGGACCUCAGACUAGGUGGGAUGACUCUCACUUACGACCCCUCCUCAGCGGCUAUACAGAAUGGGUACUAUCCUUCUCCGUAUCCAGUGACCAACAGGAUAAUGACUGUGCAGCCUGCAAUGUCUCCUUACAUGUCCCCAGUCUCUGCUUACCAGGUACAGAGCCAUUCUUGGGUGGCGCAUCAACCAUACAUCAUGCAACACCCGGCUGCUGUGAUGUCUCCCUCUGUGGAUCCCUCCAUGCCACUGCACCCCACAGCCAUGAUUACUCAGCAGAUGGGUCAGCUGUCAUUGGGUAACACUGGAGCGUAUAUUGCUGCCAACCCUGGUGUCCAGGGAGCUUACAUGCCUCAGUAUCCCCCCAUGCAGCCACCACCUGAUAAUGGCACGCCGCAGCAAGUGGAUUCUUCCAACAACUCAUCUCCGUACAGUCAGCUCAGCAAGUAAUCACAGGCUGUUUUACUGCUCCGUGAGCCAGAGAGCAGGUGGGAAGUUGCUGAUGACAUCACAAUGAAUACAGUCAACGCCUUCUCUGAUUGGACCAGACACAUGAACUUUUUUGCACAGCCCCGACAUUUGUGGUGGAAGAUGAGGACAGUGUAAAUGGACUCAAGCAGUUGGCUAAUCACAGAAAAACAAGAUUUAUUUUGAUAAGAAACAACAUGCUCUUCUUUUUCUCUUUUUUCAUGGAUUCUCAACCCAAUACCAGAGGACCCUCCCGCCGCCCCUCCACUCCUUAGAACACCCCCACCACCCCACCCCACCCUUUCCCAGUAUGAUGGAAUAUACAAUGCAUGAGAUUGAGAUAUCCCCCCUCCUCCCCCCUCCAAGGUUUCUAUGAUUUCAUAGUUCCUUUCUUUGUGAUAUAUGAAAAAACUUGCAAAACGUUGUUUGCACUGAAGUUUAAAGUUUCAGAAUAGCUUCAUUUUGGUUUUCAAAGCGGCCACAGACAGGCUUACAAAAUCAGUUUCAUGUUCAACUGCACAUGACAGCUGACACAGGUGACCAUUUCAUUAGGAAAUUAAUGAAUUUAUUAUUGGAAAAGGUGCCUUCCUUACGUCACAUCAGACAUUCUCCAACAUUUUUCAUCGAACUUGAUCAGGUGUCAUAUUUCUAUCUGAUUGAUCAAAUGUGUGUGUGAAAUCAUGAAGAUUUACAUUGAGUGUUUUCACUAUCUAGUCUUCUGGUGGCAAUAAAGGCUAUGAGAGUCCCAAGGCAAUACUGAGAAAAAAGAACGGUGGCAAACUCAGAGCAAGGUAAUUCCUUAUUUUCCUCUUUCUUUCUUUCUUUCUUUUUUUUUUUUUUUAAAAAAACGUCAAGACAUGACAUGAAACAAGAGCCCUACUUUUAUGAAAUUACAAGUUUUACACCCAAUGGGCAUCUUUUAGGAGGUUUUUUUUUUCUCUUGUGGUCAGUUUGACCAGUGAUCUACCUCAUGGUUCUGCUGGAGACUGCUGGUGUUGUGGGGUUUGCAGGUAAAGCCCCUUUUCAUCAGAGUGGACAAAGCAGAAUAAAAGCCACGCUCAGGAGCUGGCUAAACAGGACUUCUACCGUUUGUCUCCCACAUGCAGCAUUUCUCGUCCUGAUUUUCAAAGAAACAUUGUGCUUUGCCUCAUCUUUAUUUGUCAUUGCUUCUGUUCUGGUGUUUCUUUUUCUCGACAUGAUGAGUGUUGUUCAGUUGUGAUGCUCCAUUAUAGAGAUUCAAAGUAAGACAACUACUAGCUUCCCUUUAAAGUAGUUGGUUUACCGUGUGUUUGAAAUAAAUGAAUGCAGGCUACAUGCAUUCAUUUGGUGCAUUCUUCUGCCUUUGCUGAUUUAGACAGAUCUUAGACGACUCACCACUUUCCCUUACCUUUUGUCUUUUUCACUUUCUUGGGUUACACUGCUACUGUAAAACUCUCCAGAUGUAACACUAGAGUUUAGCCAAAUUUUGGUAAUUUGGUUAUACAACAGCUCAAUAGUGUUCAUGCCGAAUAAUUAGGAUGAGUGGAAAAAGUAACUCAGAUCUUGCCUCCUGCAAAAUAAAUGCAACAAUCAAGUUUCAAAGGUUGGCUUGUUAAGAAUAAGAUUUGUAAAUUAUAUACAUUCAGGGCCAAAAGUGAAAAAUAAGUGAGUUUUAUUAUUUGCUUUGCUUUUUUUCUUUAAAUUUAUGACUUCCGAUGUAAGAACUCCACACUAAGAAACAAGAAAUAUGAUCGCGGUGCUUGUCCUCGAUCAAUAGUACUAUAGCAGUAAAUGCUCACAGUAGGGAAAUGCAGCAGUAACCAAGCUUUUACUGGGUGUACUUUCCCAUUAUGAACAUUUGUGGCUAGAAAAAAAAUGGAAAAAUGGAGAAAAAAAAAUUGUACAUGUUAUCCUCAUUGCUUCCCUUGUCACCUUCAACUGAUUCUCAAACAAUCUUCUCCUUGCUCUCUCCUUUGAAAAAGAUUGGAAUAAAAUCUGUGCUGAAUAAAAGGCUCUUCUCUUUCUCAGA